AUGCAGAACGUGGGGGAGAGACGAAGAAUCGGUAGGAAAACGGGGAAACCAUUUCUUUCUCUUCUUUCUUCUUCAUCUUUUCAAACCCCCUUCUCCUGGAUUUCACCGAACUUAUUCGCUAAUUUUGCUAUCGAUUGUGAGUUUUUUCUAUAUCAAGUUCAUACUGACAUGGCGGAUAUUCCAACUUCAGUUCGUUCUUUAUUCUUCUUCGAGGUCUCUAUUACGUCGGCAAGCUUUAGUAUAUUCGAUUUUGAGUCCCAUCGAUCUGUUCUUGGCAUGUUUUCGUUUAUAUCCGAUUCAGAUCCAAUUGAUGAUCUGAAAGACUUAUCCUUGCAUUCAAAUGGAGGUCCAGAGCCAAUCAAACCCAAUCCACUUGUCGUAUGCUUUGGGGAAAUGUUGAUUGAUUUCGUUCCUUCAAUUUCUGGGGUUUCACUUGCAGAAGCACCCGAUUUCAAGAAAGCUCCUGGUGGUGCUCCUGCUAAUGUCGCUGUUGGUAUAGCAAGAUUGGGAGGCUCCUCCGCUUUCAUAGGCAAGGUGGGUGAUGAUGAAUUUGGUCACAUGUUGGCUGACAUUUUGAAGAAAAACAAAGUUGAUAACUCUGGGAUGCGAUUUGACCAAAAUGCAAGAACCGCAUUGGCUUUUGUUACUCUAAAAUCCGAUGGCGAGAGGGAAUUUAUGUUUUUUCGUAAUCCGAGUGCCGACAUGCUUCUUCGUGAAUCGGAACUUGAUUUGAAUCUUAUCAAGCAGGCGAGUAUAUUCCACUAUGGUUCUAUUAGCUUGAUAGAGGAGCCAUGCAAAUCAACACAUCUAGUUGCAAUGGCAAUAGCAAAGAAAUCGGGAAGCAUCCUAUCUUAUGAUGUGAAUUUGAGAUUACCAUUAUGGCCCUCAGAGGAUGCGGCUCGACAAGGCAUAAUGAGCAUAUGGGAUCAAGCAGAUAUCAUCAAGGUAAGUGAGGAUGAAAUUACGUUUUUGACCGGGGGUGACGAUCCUUAUGAUGAUGACGUGGUGUUGAAUAAACUUUUUCAUCCAAAUCUUAAGCUUUUGCUUGUAAGUGAAGGGCCAGAUGGGUGUAGAUAUUAUACAAAGGAAUUUAAGGGUAGAGUUCCGAGUGUUAAAGUAAAGCCUGUUGAUACUACGGGUGCUGGAGAUGCAUUUGUUGGUGGAAUUUUAAGCAAUUUAGCUUUGGAUACAAAUCUUUAUAAGGACGAGGCAAAACUAAGAGAAGCACUUGUUUUUGCAAACGCAUGUGGGGCCCUAACUGUAACAAAGAAAGGAGCCAUUCCAGCUAUGCCCACAAGAGAUGAAGUCCACGAAAUCUUGAAAAACGAAUGAUUUGUUGGUGUUUUUUUUUUUUUUUUUUUUUUGUGUUUUUU